UGAGUGUAAACGUGUCAAAAUUCAACAAACUGUAUACUAAGAUAUGUGUACUUUAUUGUAUGUACCUCAUUAUAACAAACUAAAAAUUAGAAAAAAUAGGUAAUAGGUAUACACAAUAAAUUCCAAAAUAUAUAAAUGGUAUAUAGUUCAUUUUCUUCCUGUCUCCCUGCUGCCCAAUUCUGCUUCCCUGAUGAAAACAUUGUUCUUAUUUUCCUGUGUAUCUUCCAGAGGUAGCCUGUGUGUUCCAUUUUUUAAUCAUGUUUCAUUUAUUUAUUUAUUUUAGAUGACUCUAGAAUUUAUGAUAAAAGCAUAUACUUUUUAUACUGGACAUUUAGUGAAGACCCACUUUUGCUCUUGGAGAGACAUAGCAAUACCUCAUGCAGAUGAAGAGGACACUGUGGGUGGAAAAAUGGAAAAAGCAGUGGAAUAUGACAAUUUCAGACUUAAAAAUCAGGUAUUUUAUCACUGGCACUCUUACAUGAAAGCUUGAAGAGAGCAACUUCAAGAUACACUAUUGCGAAUAGAAAAGAUAAUCCACUGUCACAAACUAAUGAAUAUCCUAAUCAAAUGGAAGGAUAAAGUGAGACAUAAGUAUAAAAAGAGAGAAGAUGAGUUGGUGUUAAAACAUGAACUUCAAUUGAAAGAAUGGAAAAACAACUUAAAAUUCAGAUUUGUUGCUAAAGAAGAAUUCAUUUCCCCUGAUCUAUCUGAAGUCUGUCUUGUAGGUGAUAUUCCUGAAUGUGACAUUUCACUGCUACCAGAAAGAGCAGUGUUACAGAUUUUCUCCUACCUCAGUUUAAAAGAUAUGGUAAUAUGUGGCCAAGUUAGUCGCUCCUGGAUGACAAUGAUACAAAUAAGCUCAUUGUGGAACGGUAUGGACUUUUCCACUGUAAAAAAUAUGAUCACCGAUAAAUAUAUAGUGUCUAUUUUGCAAAGAUGGCAACUAAAUGUGCUGUUCUUGAAUUUUUUGUGCGGAUGUGACUUCAAAACAAAGAAACUAAAAGCUUUAAGCCUCUGUAGAAAUUUGCAAGAGCUGAAUGUCUCUGACUGCCCAACACUCAACAUGUUUACUGAUGAAUCAAUGAGAUACAUCUCUGAGAACUGUCCUGGAGUCCUGUAGCUCAAUCUAUCCAACACGACUAUGACCAACAGGACCAUGUGACUCCUGCCAAGGUACUUCCACGACUUACAGAAUCUUAGUUUGGCUUACUGCAGAAAGUACAAAGGUUUACAGUACCUGAAUUUAGGGAAUGGAUGCCACAAGCUCUUCUGUUUGGACCUUUCCGUCUGCACCCAGAUUUCAGUCCAAGGCUUUAGGAACAUGGCAAACAGCUGCACUGGAAUUAUGCAUCUGACCAUCAGUGAGAUGCCCACUCUGACAGAUAACUGAGUAAAAGCUCUAGUUGAAAAGUGCUCUCAUAUUACAUCAGUCAUUUUCAUUGGUGCACCACACAUCCCUGAUUGUGCAUUCAAAGCUCUUUCUACUUGUAGCCUCAGAAAGAUCUGAUUUGAAGGAAAUUAAAGGAUUACUGAUGCAUGCUUCAGAUUUAUAGACAAACAUUAUCCAAAUAUCAGUCACAUUUACAUGGCAGACCACAAGGCAAUCACAGAUGGUAGCCUCAACUCACUCUCACCUUUGAAACAACUAACUGUGUUGAAUUUGGCAAAUUGUGUAAGUUCUUUCAGAUGCGCUAAUUUAAACUAUUUGAGUUUACGGAACUGUGAACAUUUGACUGACCUAGGAAUCGAAUAUAUGAUAAACAUCUUUUCCUUGGUUUCAGUAGAUCUCUCUGGAACACACAUCUCUAAUGAGAUUUUAAAAAGUGUUCAAAACAACAAAAAAUUAAAGGAACUUUCUCUAUCCGAGUGUUAUAAAAUCACGGAUGUUGGAAUUCAGUAUUGCAGGGAAGCAGCUAAGAGAAUGUCAUCUAUAGUUCAGCAGCAGGAAUACAGCCCUAAUGACCCUCCACUUUGGUUUGGCUAUGAUUUUGAAGGCAAGCCUCUUCCAGAGCAACAGAACAUAACACCGCUUAAAAAAGAUUUAGAAGUGACAGUGCAAGAGUCAACAUACAGUAGUGAAGAGGAAGUAGUAUGACCUACAGCCUCAAGCGGGAAGAACAAAAAAUCUAGAACUUGGCAACUUCAUUUGAUGCCAAGUAUUUUUACUAGCUGGACUUCAACAGUGUAAACAAGUAGCGUUAUCAUCUCCUGAUUCUUAUUCCAACUACAAACGUUUCUAAAUACAUCCUUUGUUCUAAUAAUCAUGAUUAAAAGAAAAGGCCAGAUGAAGUUGUGCUGCUGUGUUAAUUUUCCACCUAAAUUUACCUUAAUCAAACUAAUGCUUUUGAUGAGAUUAGCAAAUCUAGGGUUUAUACAGUUAUAUAAAACAACUUGAGAGGUAUGACCUUUUCUUUGGAAAAGGAAAAAAAGCAAAGAUGGCCACUUAAGUCAGAGUAAAGUCAGAGCCAGGGCAGACUCUAAGAAUCUGGGAGGCUUUGUUUUAAACGACAUAGACUAACACUUUUAAAGGAAACAAGUUUUUCUUGUUAUUUCCAAACACUGAACAACAAGAAGGAACUAAAUGCCAGUUAACACUGGACUCAUCUCAGCAUUUGACUUAACUGUCAGAGGCAAAUUAAAUAGAAACAGGAGCUAUUUGUCAAUAGGAAGGAUGUCCCUGCAGUGUCUCAAAAAGGCCACUUUUUAAUCAAAUAUGCAUAUGCACUAGGGAGGAAUUUUUAAACUAUGUUAUGCCAAAAAAGAUGCUCUCCCAAUUGUAUACUAGGAGGUAUGGGUUACUAAUUGCAUACCUACAUAUUAAUUUUUAAUGAGUUCUUACCUAUGGAUUUUUACCAUGCUGGUAAAAGAUGAACCUUUAGAUUUUAACAGAAUUCAAAUGAUCACUUGCCAGUUUACCACACUGCUAUUAUGUAACAUUGAUGUGGUUAGAGUCCAGGAGAAAACACAACUCUACUAUGACUGCCACAAAUAAAGUGUGUCAGUAAUAUUAGAUCAGCGUUUUAACCUAUUUUCUCUGUUACUUACCUCUUUAACGGGUUAAUCACUGUCUUUUUGUAUCCCACAAAAUUUAAGAUAAAAUUUAAGGUAAAGGAUAUCAAAGUUAUUUGGAAAAGUUUUAAAAGGGCUGUACAAGGUAUUAUUAUACAGUAAUCGAUAUUAGCAAAGUGCUCUUAAUAAUUCUCCCCUUUCUUAGCUUGAUUUUGAAAGAGCUUUUAAAAUAAGAUAGCGUCACUUAGCCGUGGAAUGGUUCCUGGAAAUGGAGAGCAGGGGAAUUAGCUGAGUAGGAAGUUUUAAGACCUGAGCCAAGAGACUUAAGAUAGCUGUUCUAAUAAGCUGAUUUUUAACUAAAUUUGGGUAUUUCUGGCAGCUGCAUAAAAGUUGGCUUUUGACUCCUAAGUAUCUGCCCUCUAAGAGCCUCAAGCACACAACUGGAGAGACUAUAAAAGAGCCAGCUGCUUUCUAAAGCAGUAACACUUGCAUGAGGAAGACCAGGGUAAGGAGAAACAUACGCUGUUACGUUGUCUGUAAACCAAGCAGAGUGUGUAACUGUUAAAGCUUCCUCCAAAACUCUUUGAGUAAAAUCUUUCAAACAAGAACGAGACACAUUUGCUAAUUAUGAGGAGACAAAUUUUAUAGCUACAGAAAUGAAGGAAAAUGUGUAGGUGUUAAAAAAAAAGUAGGGUAUGAAAGGGAAAAAGAAGUAGUGUGAACAGGUGGUGAAAUCUCCAAGUUCUCAGUGCAAAGUAAGCAUGCUAUCCAAAAUAUUACUUAGGUCUUCAGCAAUUAAGCAUUUGAUACAUAUGAGUUUGUGUUCAAAAGAGCAAAACUGACAGUUUUCCCUUUCUGUUUGGAUUUGACUAUGUGACCGAAAUAUGUAAAAUUCCUUUAAUAACUUUAAAUACAGUUGACUGCUGUUAUGCUCAUGACCUUUCUGGCAGUUGACUAAUUUCAUAAGCUUUAUUUUUAGUUACAAAAAUG